AGCCGAGUCCGUGUGUUGGCUGGUCGGACCCCACCCCCUCACCCCUGGCGGCCGCGGAGUGUUGGGGGCCGCUCGGGACCAGUUUUCAAGACAGCCUUUCCCUGGACGUCUCGUCGUCCCACCUCGUGGCUCUGGACCUUAAGUGAUUAUUACAAUGGAAGAAACCAGUAAUUUCAAGACACCAAGCAGAUUAUCUGAAAAAAGGAAAUCUGCAUUACGUUUAACUCCAUGUAUAAAUAUUCCUGCCUCUCCAUUUAUGCAGAAGCUUGGCUUUGGUACUGGGGUAAAUGUCUACCUUAUGCAAAGAUCUCCAAGAGGUUUGUCUCAUUCUCCUUGGGCUGUGAAAAAGAUUAAUCCUAGAUGUAAUGAUGAUUAUCAGAGUAUGUAUCAAAAGAGACUAACUGAUGAAGCUAAGAUUUUGAAAAGCCUCAACCACCCAAACAUUAUAGGUUACCGUGCUUUCACUAAAGCUAGCGAUGGCAGUCUGUGUCUUGCUAUGGAAUAUGGAGGUGAAAAGUCUCUAAAUGACUUAAUAGAAGAACGAAAUAAAGAUAGCCGAGAUCCUUUUCCAGCAGCCAUAAUUUUAAAAGUUGCUUUGAACAUGGCAAGAGGGUUAAAGUAUCUGCACCAAGAUAAGAAACUGCUCCAUGGAGAUAUAAAGUCUUCAAAUGUUGUUAUUAAAGGUGAUUUUGAAACAAUUAAAAUCUGUGAUGUAGGAGUCUCUCUUCCAUUGGAUGAAAAUAUGACUGUGACUGACCCCGAGGCCUGUUACAUCGGCACUGAGCCUUGGAAACCUAAGGAAGCUCUGGAGGAGGAUGGUAUUAUUACUGACAAGGCAGACAUAUUUGCCUUUGGUCUUACUCUGUGGGAAAUGAUGACUUUAUCUAUUCCACACAUUAAUCUUCCAGAUGAUGAUGAUGAUGAAGAUAAAACUUUUGAUGAAAGUGACUUUGAUGAUGAUGCAUACUAUGCAGCUUUGGGAACUAGACCACCUAUUAACAUGGAGGAACUGGAUGAAACGUACCAGAAAGUAAUUGAGCUCUUCUCCGUAUGCACUAAUGAAAAUCCUAAAGACCGUCCUUCUGCCGCGCGCAUUGUUGAGGCUUUAGAAGUGGAUGUCCUGUGAUCACCUCAUACCCAUGACUGCUGGAGCCUCAAGUAUGGCUCAUGUAUAUAGCUAUUCUGUUUACCAUGAUACAUUUAUGUAGUUAUUAUGAUGAUCCAUAAUUAUUAGAUGGAAGUGGCCUAUUUUAGGACCAUAGAUAGCACCUUAUUAACAUUUGAACAACUGUUUGUUAUAAAGGUAGUUCAAGUAUGCUUAUGUUAAUAAGCAUUUAAAAUUGUAGAGGGUUUUCUAUAAAGUUUAAGAAACUACUAAAAAAUUUGAACUUGUUUAUAUAGAUUUAAAAUAGUGCUGUAAAACUGAUGUCUAACAUUAAUUUGGGCUGAGUGACUUUUAUUGAUGAUCUUUCUCAGAUGUUCUCUAUUUUAAUGGAUCUACUGAAAUUAGCACUUUGUAUAUUACAAAAUAAGUCUACAUUUGCUUACCUCUUAAAACCUUUUGCUGGCCUUUCUUGGUUGAUGUGCUUACUAAAUAGGAUCACUGAGACCCGAGACCUGGGAUAUGGCUCAUAAGAGGAGUUCCCUGGGUAUAUCCAAACAUUUUUGGUUAAGGCUUGUCUUGUUCCAGAGCUUUGGUUUUUGCUUUAAUUUGUUGAAUGCAUUUUCUGUACUGGUAUCUUUAAUAUUUUUAUUUACUGAUCUAUAUCUUAACAUAUCACAGUCUUGGUGUAAAUAAAACUCUAAUAGGACAAUAUAGAAUAAAGGACAUGUCAGUUACCCAAAGGUAUGCUAUCCUAUUUUGUACUCCAUUGUAUUCAGUGUUGUCAUUAAACUUAC